AUGGACGACUCUACCAUCCUGUUAGGGUCUUCGGAAUUUGAUCACACCACUGCUGAUUUCCUAGCCUGGUUCGCUGCCGCGAAUGGGACGAGGUUGAGUUCCAAGAUUCAGUUGAAGGACUUUAGGGCCCAGGAUGCUGGUAGAAGCGCUGUCGCGCAAGCAGACAUUGCCGAGGAUGAGGAACUAUUCGCCAUACCGCGCUCGUUAGUGCUCACUACCACCACUUCCAGCAUCCCAGCUUCAUUACUCGAGCCCCUCACCGAGAUAGGAGCAUGGUCGCCGUUGAUUGUUACCAUCAUCUACGAAUACCUCCGUAGAGAACAGUCGCCGUGGUACCCUUACUUCCGAGUCCUGCCCACCACCUUUGACAGCCUUAUGUUCUGGAACCACCAAGAGCUCACAGAGCUACAGGCCAGCGCCGUGGUGAACAAAAUUGGCAAGUCGUCAGCUGAAGAGUCAUGGAAGACCUCGAUUAUACCACUGAUGCUACAGCAUCCUGACUUAUUCCCACUUCCUCCUGUGACCACUGAGGUAGACAAGUCCAAUCAGCUGAUCAACCUCGCCCACAUGGCUGGCAGUCUGAUCAUGGCUUAUGCAUUCGAUAUUGACCGCGACGACACGAAUAGCGAAAGUGACGAUGAAGCUCGAGGCGAGGAUGAUUGGGAAGAAGACGACGAAGCUGCGCCACUCAAGGGCAUGGUCCCUUUGGCUGACAUGCUCAACGCCGAUGCGGACCGAAACAAUGCAAAACUCUACCAAGAACCAGACUUUCUUGUCAUGAAGGCCACAAAACCCAUAUCUCAGGGCGAACAGAUCUUCAAUGACUACGGUCCCCUCCCCCGAUCCGACCUGCUACGCAUGUACGGCUACAUCACGGAUAAUUACGCACAGUACGACGUGGUCGAGGUCUCCUACGAUCUGUUCAUCGAGGUUGCUGGCAGGAAGCACGAGAAGAACAAUACCACAUGGUUGAAGAGAGAACGGCAGCUUGACUAG